AUGCCCGUCUACGUAGUGACCGGCGCAAACCGAGGCCUAGGGCUCGAGUUCGUCCGCCAAAUCACCCAGGACAGCUCCAACACUGUCAUCGCCGCGGUCCGCAGCCUGCAAGGCGAGCUCGACGACCUGAAGGAUCUCGCCUCCAAGGCUGCCGGCAAAGUGCACGUCCUAGAAUGCAACACCGGCGACAUCGGCUCGAUCCACGCUUUUGGGGAUGCCAUCAAAGGACCCCUGGGCGGCCAGCAGAUCGACUACCUGCUCAACAACGCGGGUAUCAACGCCACGGCCGAGCAGACAAGCUUGGACAUGACGCCCGAGAGUCUCAGGCAGCACAUUGACAUCAACGUCAUGGGCCCCGCCGAGACGGUCAAAGUGCUGUUACCGUACUUGGGCAAAGGCAGUAUCGUGCUGAACAUGACGAGCGGGCUGGGGAGUUCGGAGCAUGGGGUGCUGACAUCAGUUCACCGCAGACCGAAAUGCACGACGUACUCGAUCUCCAAGGCCGCGGUGAACAUGUUGACGGUGCACCAGAGCGAGCAGCUGAAGGAUCGGGGCAUCAAAGUCAUCUGCAUGGACCCAGGCUGGGUCAAGACACGUAUGGGCGGCGACGGCGCGAUCCUCGAGCCCGAGGACAGUAUUGGCGGGAUGUUAAAGGUCGUGCAUGGUGUGAAGAACGAGGACACGGGCAAGUUCUACACAUAUACCGGCGAGGAGGUUCCCUGGUGA